AGGUAGGGAUCAUGACACACUGAAAUACAAAAGUGCCUCAGUCGCUUGGAUUGUCUGUCUGGCGUCGGCUGGUGUUCUCCAGAGGUAGGAAGGCACCGCUGGACCGACCUGGCGGCCACCUGUUCUUACCUUCGGCCUGCAACGCCACCGGUCUGAGAUGGGCCGAAGCGGUUACACGUGCGUGAGGCACACCUUUUGCUCCAUAAAUGUCAUCCUGUGGUUGUCAGGGUGCGGCCUUCUGGGCAUUGGGCUUUGGCUCAGACUUGCCUACGAAGGGUACACCGCCCUGUUGCCACAGCAGAGCGUCCUGAGCGCCGACAACCUUCUGACAGGCAUCGGGGUGGCCAUGUUUGUGGUUGCCUUUUUCGGCUGCUGUGGCUCUUGGUUCCAAAGCAGAUGCAUGCUUGUAAUGUAUUUCAGUCUCGUGGUGUUCCUCUUCGUGCUUGAAUUCCUGUUGGCGGCAGCCGGCUUCUUGCUCCGCGUCCCACUUGGCUCGUACCUGGUGGAUGAACUCAGAGUUGGCAUCCAACAGCAGUAUGCAAUCGACCCACCCUCCAGCUUGGCUACUCUCUGGGAUCACACUCAAAAAAAUUUUGGCUGCUGUGGAAUCACCAACCAUGAGGACUGGUACGAUUCGAACGUCUGGCCCGGACAAAAUUAUGUUCCGAAUUCUUGCUGCCUACCCAAAUUUUCCAACAUGACAGAUUGCGGAAAAUCUGAAGACCCGGACAUGUGGUAUUCCAAAGGAUGUGCCGAGCAAGUGCAAAUGUUCUUCGUACAGAGGCUUCACGUGGUUGGAGUUAUUGGCUUAAUUGUUGCCUUUAUCCAACUAUUCGGCUUGAUUUCAUCGAUGCUUCUGUUUUGUACAGACCGGCAUAGGAGGAGCUCGUACAAAUCUUAUGAGCAGGCUUGAUAAAACGCCGAUCAUCAGCCUUCGCAGUGGAAAUUAUGUGCCUGUGUGCGUUUGAGACACUCGACAGGGCUGCUAAAGUGUUUAUUGAUUUUAUAAUUAUUAUCUUUGUUUGUUCUUUAUAUCACCAAGUGUAGUGUUCUUUUAGAGGUAUGAAUCUAUGCUCAUUUAUCGAAACCAAUCAUUACACGCGCUUCAACAGCUAUGAAGUGAUAUUAGAGCAGGGCACCCUGAGUGGUGCUUUGCUCCUCCAGAGCAUGACACAAGAGUUCAUUCUUUUGUAUGUUCUGCGCCCGUAAUCUCAAUUGUUUUGUGACUGCAUGAUAAUAGCAAACAAUAAAAAUUACUCUAGAAUUAUAACUUGAUUGUUGUUUACUUAUAGAAACUAGCUUUUUUUGUAAGUAUUUUACUAUAAUAUCCCUGUUUAUUUGAUAAAGCGAAAAGAUGAACUGUGGUCACUGUUGAUCAUAACUCAUAACAUAAAAAUGCGUUGUUGAUGAAAUGGUUUUUGUUACAAUAGCACAAUGGACAUAAUUAUUUGGGCUUCCAACAAAAAGGAAUGACCAAAAUUUAUAUUUCAGUAGCUAAAAAUAUUAAAAAUAAAAAAUUAAGCAAUACGCUUCUGAUGGCAGUAACAAUUUAAAAACUUUUAUCCAUUUUAAAACUAUUAUGUCUAGAAUUUUAAAGGUGGUAACAAAUAAUUGAUUAAAAGUUAUUGCAAUAAAAUCA